UCUUCUUUGCAGUGCUGUCUCUCAGGUCCCUGGAUCUUACACUGCUGGAUCUAAACCUACCCAAUACAAAGGGAGGGGAACUGAUCCAAAGCUUCCAAAAAGAGCAAACUCUGUGGCUUUUUGAAAUGAGUGCUCUGGGUGCUCAGAAGAUAAAGCUCAAGUAGAAUUUCACUUCUGUAAAGAGACAUUUUUAUUUGCUGACCUGGAUUUGUCCUUUGUGAAGGGGCGGAAAAAAGGAAAUUAGCCAGGAAGCUGCCUUCUCAAAUAUGGUAUUUGGAAAUGCGUUCCAGAAGUAACAGCACGGAACAUUCUUCCAAGUCAAAACAUUCUCAAAAAAUGCCAAGUGACACUUAUACAGAAAACACCCCUGGCACCGAGAGGGUGAAAAUGAAGAGGAGAAAAACAGAAAAGGACUUUGCAGCAAAAACAGACACUAUCCUGAGAAGCCCUGAUUCAGACAAGAAACAAAGAAACUAUUCCAAAAAGGAAGAUCUUUCUCGCGAUGAUCUUUUAUUUCUUCUGAGCGUGCUUGAGGGCGAAUUACAAGCGCAGGAUGAAGUCAUAGGAGUUUUAAAGGCUGAAAAAAUUAACCUGGCUUUACUUGAAGCACAAUAUGGCUUUGUUACUCCAAAAAAGGUCCUUGAAGCACUUCAGCGAGAUGCUAUACAAGCCAAGGCUACACUAUGGCAGGAGGAUAUCUAUGAAAAGCCCAUGGGAGAGCUUGACAAAGUUGCUGAGAAACAUAAAGAAACUCACAGGCGGAUGCUGGAACAGCUCUUAAUGGUAGAAAAAUCUCACAGGCAAACCCUGUAUGAUCUGGAGGAAGAGAAGAGGAAACAUGCAGAGUACAUGGAGAAAAGCGAUGAGUUUACCAAUUUACUGGAACAAGAACAAGAAAGAUUGCUGAUGUCUUUCGUCAAGCAAUUCCUACGCGGAUCCCUAAACCAAAGACUACCAGUGCAACUGUAGUACCAGCGAGGACACCUACUGGGCAACUCAAGACACCACUCCAGGACAGUAAAGCUGGAAAAUCACACAUCACCAAAACCAUUCCCAGCGUUGUCAUUCAAAAUGGUGGGAAAAGAUAGACUGGCCUGAUAUGCAAUAGAAUAAUGUCUAACUUUUGAGUAAUGAGGAUACACCAUGCCCAUUUUGUCCUCAAGACCUAUGCAAGUAAAAGGUAAUAUAAAAGCAUCAUACAUGGGCAGAAAAUGUUGACACUGGAAUUAUAAAGCAUAAGGACAUGCUUAUGAAAUUUCUGUUCUCCACAAAGCAGUGAAAUUAUGUCCGUCCAUGUAUGGCCUGUUACGAGAUCAUUUCACUUCCUUUAAUGGUAGCUAUAGUUAGAGGGUCACCUGAGAGCAUUUUCUUCUGGUGAAAUGGUGACGGUGUUUGCAUUGCUAUGAAACAGAAAAGCCAUAUUGGACAGACAGUAUACUAAAACUUUAGAUAUGACCAAGAUAGAGGAUGAUGCUGCAAAUGGGUAACUGGGAAGCAGACAACCCAGGCCAAAUAGCAAUGGAUGCAUGUCCUGCUACAUCCACCUCCAGAGAACCUGGUGGUAUGGCACCAAGAACAUACUUCUCCUGAGUCCCGUCAGACACCAAAGUGGCAGCAGAAGAAACACAAGAGAAGGCUAGAGGGUAUGACAUUCAGUACCCUUCCCCAACAGGAAAAAGAGUUGGGGAGCAAUGGCACUAGAGAGGCAGAAAUGCUGCCUACCACACAGUAAAUGAAGGAAGUGGAUUAUUUGCAAGGAGACUAUAUAUUUUAAAUGCUAAGGUGCUGUGUAUUUUAAUUAUUGCCAUGUACUGUACUUUGUGUGUCGAAGUGUUUAACAUAGCCAGUUGAAUGAGAAAGUAUUUUUUAAAUCGACAGUUAUUUUAAAGCCGGUACCAUUCUUGUGUGUUUGGGUUUGUAAAGCAAGGCAAUGAACAUUCUCCUAUGUCUCAUUAUAAAGCUAAUUCAUUUCAUAUGUCAAUGUGAAAGAAUAUGCAUCACUGAGCAACAUUCCUAAGGUGCUAUCCAAAGGAGGGAGAUGUUACUCUUACAACAAUUCCCCGAGAAGCAUAUAUGAUAAAAUUUAGGGGGGAAUACAAUAAGCCACCAUAUUAUUUUGGCCUCUGGUGUCAAAUGAGGGUCUCCCAUGCCCUAAGUGACUGGAAAAAGUUUUCCCCCUAAGAAUUGAGGUGGGACUGUUGAAGGAGGCAGAGGCUGCUUCUGAAGGAGAGGAGAGUCAACCCCCUCCCAGGGAUGUGUGCCUGAGUGAGGCCUGAGUGACAAACACCAAACACCCCUACCGUUCAGUGCAAUGUAAUUAAGAACAGUGCAAUAUAGAUCCUGGAAUACCAGCAUAAGAUACAGGUGCCUGUUGCAUUUUGUUCUUUCACUCAGAGACUUGCAGAGUUUAUUUCUCCCCUUGACACCUGCUAAAGCUAGGAUCUCCAACAUGGUGCCUGUAAGUAACACAAAGCCCUCAGAUACACCACACUUUGGUGCCCACCAAGGUCCCCUGUCCUACCAAUUUAUUUUUUAAAUUGAGGAUUUGUUUAUUUUGGAGGGUGUUGCCUGCUUGGGAGUAGGUGUUUUGUGAAACAGGCAUUUUGUGGUGCCUAUGACCAUUUAUUAGAUUUCAAAAAGUUUUCCCCAAGCAAAUAAGGUUAGGGAACCCUGUACCAGGGAAAACUUGUAAACAUCUGACCUCCAGACGGGAUCAUGUCAGAGUCGUGCAUAGACAUUGAAUCUUGUCUAAAUUCAUGAGAGCUGACACUAU